AUGUUAGAGUCCAGGCCUCAAUCUCCAAGUUUCAAGUUGUCUUGUUGGCACAAGCGCUCGCUCGCCUCCCUACGCCUCUCGCUCCCCCUUUUUCCUCCUGUCCCCUCCUCCCUCGUCCUCGUCCCCCUCCUUCCCCCCCCUCCCCCCUCCUCCCCCCCCCAUCCCCAUCCCUCGUUUCCCCUCCUCUCCCCUGACCGCUCCUCCCUACCGCCCCUUCCUAAUAAUGUGCGCGGAGUGGGGAGGAAAGAGGAGCAGGAUUUGCUGGCGUUUGGGGAAGAGCUGAAGGCGGCUGCUGCUGCUGCUUCUAGGAGCCAGGGGAAGAGGAAAGAGAAGAUGAAGAAGUUCCUGACAGAGCGGCGUAAGGCCAAGAAGCUGAAGCAGAGGCAUGGAGGGCGCGGGGAUGCAGAGGUCGGGGGAGGGGGAGGGCAGGGAGAGAGCAGGAGCGCGGAUGGCAGGGCUCUGGAGUUCCCUGAGAAAGAGGUGGUGGCGUUUGGGGAUGUGGUGCAGGAACCACCCAGGAAUCUUCCUCAGCCACGGAAGAAGGUUGGUGUGCUUUGA